ACGUGGGUUUUGCUGGCCGGUACUGACAGAGUGAACUUCUGGGGACAUGCUUUGCAGUGCUUGCUCCGAUACCUCCGCUCCUGAACCUUUACAAAAUGUUUGCAGGGCGCUAGCGGCAUGAGCUCGGAAAGGGAUUCAGAGACCACCUUCGAUGAGGAUUCCCAGCCCAACGAUGAGGUGGUGCCCUACAGCGACGACGACACGGAGGACGAGCUGGACAGCCGGCAGCCUGGUGUUGAAUCAGAACAAACCCAAACCAACAGAGGCACUGAGGAGAGCCGAGAGACACUGAGAAAAGACUGCAGCUGGCAAGUUAAAGCAAAUGAUCAACACUUCCAUGAGCAGCCCCAGUUUAAAAGAACAAUACUUCUGUGCUUCAAAAAAAGCAAAUAUGCAGGAAAUGCAAUUAAGACAUACAAGUACAACCCCAUCACUUUUUUACCGCUGAAUCUGUUUGAACAGUUUAAAAGAGCAGCCAACUUCUAUUUCCUGGUCCUUCUCAUUUUGCAGGCGAUUCCUCAAAUAUCUACACUGUCAUGGUAUACAACGCUGGUGCCCUUACUCUUGGUCCUGGGAAUAACUGCAGUCAAAGAUCUAGUGGAUGACAUAGCCCGUCACAGGAUGGACAACGAGGUUAAUAACAGAACAUGUGAAGUCAUCAGGGAUGGAAGGUUCAAAAACACAAAAUGGAAAGAUAUUAAAGUUGGUGAUAUCAUUCGUCUGAAGAAAAAUACUUUCGUUCCUGCUGAUAUUUUGCUGUUAUCCAGCUCAGAACCAAACAGUCUCUGCUAUGUAGAGACAGCUGAACUAGAUGGUGAGACUAACUUAAAAUUCAAAAUGGCGCUGGAGGUAACAGACAAGUAUCUUCAAGAAGAAAGUGCGAUGGCAGACUUUAAUGGUCUGAUUGAAUGUGAAGAACCUAAUAACAGACUGGAUAAGUUCACAGGAACAUUAUUUUGGAGAAACAUGAGUUAUGCGUUAGAUGCUGAUAAGAUCUUACUACGUGGAUGUAAAAUUAGGAAUACAGACUUCUGCCAUGGAGUUGUCAUCUUUGCAGGUGCUGAUACAAAAAUAAUGAAAAAUAGUGGAAAGACAAAAUUUAAAAGGACAAAAAUUGACUCCCUUAUGAAUUACAUGGUUUAUACUAUUUUUCUGGUCCUCAUCCUGCUGUCAGCUGGCCUUGCCAUUGGGCACACGUACUGGGAGCAGCAGAUUGGCAACUCCUCUUGGUACCUCUACGACGCUGAAGACUACAGUCCUCCGUAUCGCGGCUUCCUUAACUUCUGGGGAUAUAUCAUUGUUCUGAACACCAUGGUUCCCAUUUCCCUCUAUGUGAGUGUUGAAGUGAUUCGUUUGGGCCAAAGCUAUUUUAUAAACUGGGACCUGCAAAUGUAUUACUCCGAGAAGGACACGGCCGCCAAGGCCAGAACCACCACGCUGAACGAACAGCUGGGGCAGAUCCACUACAUCUUCUCUGAUAAGACAGGAACGCUCACACAGAACAUCAUGACAUUUAAAAAAUGUUGCAUAAACGGCCAAAGAUACGGAGACUGCCGCGAUGGAGCAGGGCAGCUUCCGAGCCACCCGGAGCAAGUGGAUUUCAGCUGGAACAUGUACGCAGAUGGAAAGUUCUUGUUCUAUGAUCACUACCUGAUAGAGCAAAUAAAGUCCAGAAAGGACCCAGAAAUCCAAAAGUUCUUUCUUCUGCUUGCUAUUUGUCACACAGUCAUGGUCGAUGUUUCUGAUGGUCAGAUCAAUUACCAGGCAGCCUCCCCAGACGAAGGGGCCUUGGUUACAGCAGCCAGAAACUUUGGCUACGUUUUUCUCUCACGAACACAAAAUACCAUCACGAUAAGUGAAAUGGGGACUGAAAAAACUUACGAUGUCCUUGCUAUCUUGGAUUUCAACAGUGAUAGAAAACGAAUGUCUGUCAUCGUAAGAGAAUCCAAUGGAAAUAUAAGGCUGUAUUGUAAAGGAGCUGAUACAGUAAUUUAUGAACGAUUGCACCCAAGGAAUGUAAAGAGAGAAGCUACAGAAGAAGCACUAGAUGUGUUUGCAAAUGAAACUCUUAGAACACUCUGCCUCUGCUACAGAGACAUCAGUGAUGAUGAAUUUCAAGCAUGGAAUAAAAAGUUCACGGAGGCCAGUGUAGCUACAACUAAUCGUGAUGAAGCUCUGGACAAAGUAUAUGAGGAAAUAGAAAAAAACUUGAUUCUCCUUGGUGCAACAGCUAUUGAAGACAAACUACAGGAUGGAGUUCCAGAAACUAUUUCCAAACUUUCAAAAGCAGAUAUUAAAAUCUGGGUGCUUACUGGUGACAAAAAAGAAACCGCUGAAAAUAUUGGAUUUUCUUGUGAACUCUUAACAGAUGAGACAACAAUCUGCUAUGGAGAAGAUAUCAGUGCUCUUCUUCAAACGAGGUUGGAAAACCAGAGGAACAGAGCUGGAUCAAGUACACAUUCCUCUCUAAGAAUGAAUGAGCCCUUCUUUCAGGGUAGUAGAGAUCGUGCUUUAAUAAUUACUGGCUCCUGGUUGAAUGAAAUCCUGCUAGAGAAGAAAAAGAAGAAAAAGAAACUUAAACUGAAAUUCCCCAGAACAGCAGAAGAGAAACAAAAGCAAAUGGAGAAGAGAAGAAAGGCUGAAGCUUACAAAGAGCAGCAGCAGAAGAACUUUGUUGAUUUGGCAUGCGAAUGCAAGGCUGUGAUCUGCUGUCGAGUGACUCCGAAACAAAAAGCCAUGGUGGUUGAGCUCGUGAAGAAAUACAAGAAAGCUAUUACUCUGGCUAUUGGGGACGGUGCCAAUGAUGUGAACAUGAUUAAAACUGCCCACAUCGGAGUUGGAAUCAGUGGCCAAGAAGGGAUGCAAGCUGUCAUGUCAAGCGACUACUCUUUUGGGCAAUUCCGCUACCUCCAAAGACUGCUGCUGGUCCACGGACGAUGGUCUUACAUUAGGAUGUGCAAGUUCCUAAGAUAUUUUUUCUACAAAAACUUUGCUUUUACACUAGUCCAUAUCUGGUAUUCAUUCUUUAAUGGCUUUUCUGCCCAGACAGCAUAUGAAGACUGGUUCAUCACGCUGUACAAUGUAUUGUAUUCCAGUCUCCCGGUUCUGCUUGUUGGCUUGUUUGACCAGGAUGUGAGCGACAAAUUGAGUCUUCGGUUCCCUAGACUGUAUGUUUUGGGACAGAAAGAUUUACUUUUUAACUACAAGAAGUUCUUUUUAAGUUUGCUUCAUGGAGCUAUAACUUCACUGAUAAUCUUCUUCAUACCAUAUGGAGCUUACCUUCAAACUAUGGGACAGGAUGGAGAAGCACCUUCAGAUUAUCAGUCGUUUGCCGUCACAGCAGCAUCUUCUCUUGUAUUUGUUGUCAACCUUCAGAUUGGUUUGGAUACAUCUUACUGGACUUUUGUUAAUGCUUUCUCAGUAUUUGGGAGUAUCGCAAUUUACUUUGGUAUCACAUUUGACUUCCACAGUGCUGGAAUCCAUGUUCUCUUUCCUUCUGCUUUUCAGUUCACAGGAACUGCUCCAAAUGCUCUGAGACAGCCGUACCUCUGGCUGACCAUGGCUUUAACAAUCGCUGUCUGCUUGCUUCCUGUGGUGGCACAGCGUUUCUUAUCAAUGACAAUUUGGCCUUCGGAAAGUGACCGAAUUCAGAAAAACCGUAAGAAAUACAUGGCAGAAGAAGAACAGUGGAAGAGGAGGCAGAGUGCUUUUCGCCGAGGGGUAUCCAGCCGUCGUUCUGCUUAUGCUUUCUCCCAUCAGCGAGGAUACGCUGAUCUUAUUGCUUCCGGACGCAGCAUACGGAAAAAGAGAGCUCCUUUAGAUGCAGUCCUAGGCAACGCCGUCACAGAAGUUAGAGAAGCUCGUGACGCAAGCUGAUUUACUACACUUUUGGGGAGAGGUUUCUUAUCCAAAUGAUUGCACAUUGUUGUUGUUGUUGUUUUAAACAAACUCAGGAUAUUUUUUUAAACCAAAUUUUUAUGCUUUAUCACAGAACUUCUUGGUUUUGGACUACUGAAAGCACAGAAUAGGCAGGAGUUCUCUGCAGAGCUACUUAUCCUUGUGCAACUGAUUUCUGUUUAAUGUGAAACUGAAGGAUGUGUGUGUUAGAGUAUGAAAACUGGCAUUAUAAUUCCACGCCUGGAAUUGCAACUUUUCUUUACAUAAAAUUGCAGCUACAUUUCAUAUUAUGUCGUUGAAAACAAACUGCUAAGCAGCAGUUACUUUGUGUGCACCAUUUCAUUAAAUUGUACAAUGAUAAUGUCAUAUUAGAUGACCAGACUUUUGAGAGAGUCAUAGAUACUCUCAUCUGAGCUUGUGCAGCUGAGAAUAAGAAAUAUCUGGUGACAAACUUUAGCCAGCAUCAGACUUUAUUGGGUAUUCUGACACUUAUAGAUGUCAUUUUUAUUCAUUUUGAUUUCUUGAAUGGUUGACUACAGCUUGCUGCAUUAAAUUGAGAGACUUUUCUUUCCAUAGUGUCAGUAUAAGUGAUAUGCCAUUGCUCCUUUCAGAACUAAUUCCUUGAUUUUCCCUGGAAUAAAGAAAUCUGAGUCCAUAG